AACACGCUCCUCGCAAACACCUCAGACUGCGCGACGCAGGUAAACACACACAUCUGCGGCCGUCUGUGCUCCGCUGCCAUCGGGAUGGAGGCGUUCAGUUCGAAGGACAUGGCCAUGAAGGCCCAGAAGAAGAUCCUCAGUCACAUGGCCAGUAAGUCGGUGGCUCAUAUGUUCAUCGAUGACAACAGCAGCGAGGUUCUGGACGAGCUGUACCGCGUCUCCAAGGAGCACACGGGGAACCGCAACGAAGCCCAGAAGGUGGUGAAGAACAUGAUCAAGAUCGCCGUGAAGGUGGGGGUUCUGUUCCGACAUGGCAAGUUCAGCGCAGAUGAGCUGAGUGUGGCGCAGGACUUCAGGAAAAAACUCCACCACGGAGCCAUGACGGCCAUCAGCUUCCAGGAGGUGGAGUUCACCUUUGAUAAGAGCGUGAUGAUGGAGCUGCUGGCCGAGUGUCGUGAUUUACGGCUGAAGCUGGUGGAGAAGCACCUGACGCCCAAAUCUCUGGAUCGCAUCAGACACGUGUUCAACCAUUACUCGGACCCGGAGCUGCUCACGCACCUGUACGACCCGCAGGGCACGCUGUGGCCCAAACUCGGCAAGAUCUGCAGCGGCCUGAACCGCAUGAUCGAAGAGGGCAAGCUCUGAACACAGAGCUGGACUGAAAGACCGGACUUCAGAGCCUCUGGACCUGUUUUCACAGAGACACUGAGCUCAGGCACGCAGUGAGACGCUCCUGAACGCAUCCCUCGAGUCUGUUUGGGCGAUUCGCGCUAAACGUCAAAAACACGUGCAGCUCAUAUUUCAAAACCAACUCAGAAGGAAGAUUUAAAGGGACAGUCCACCCAAAAAUCAGCAUUCUAUCGUUUACUUCUCAGCUAACAGGGAACGUUCUAGCAAGGUUCUGAACUAACAUUCCUCCAGUAACGUUAUUAGAACGUUCGUGCAAUGUUUUCUGGUCUUUAAUAACCUUCUCAAAGCCAAAGCGUUAUUUAUACAUC